AUGGCAGCGGCGCAGGGACCACCACAAGAGAUGGGCCCACCUGCUGACGACAGGGCAGGCAAUGGUGGCAAUGGUGGUGGAGCAGACGAUGGUGGCAGUGGAGCAGGCCAUGGUGGCAAUGGUGCUGGAGCAGGCAAUGAUGCGUUGGUUUCGGCUUCAUCGGCUUCAGCGGCUCCAGCUUCCAGUGCUGAAUCCCAACUUGCUCAGAGCGAUGCAGCCAGGAGGGCGCGGCAGGAAAUCGCUCAAAGCGUUAAGGCUGGGAUGUCUUCAUUUGAGACUGGCGCGCUGAUGUUCACCAGAGAAGAGUUUUGCCGCUUUACCUGCCACCCAUCGGCUGUGCCCUCAUGGUUUCAGCAGAGGUACAACACUACUGAGAAUUUCACCUGGGCUUUCUGUGGCUUCGACCCGGUGGUGAGCUCAUUUUACCCCAACAUGGCCUUGCCGGAUGCCUGGGUGGUGGAUGAGGCCAAGGAGCUUCAAGCACGGCUGCCUGCAGCGCAGAAUGUGCCAACUCGCUGGCACACAGACGUGGCAGAGCGGCGACGGCAGAAACAGGCACCCUAUGCUCCCACGGCUCCUCGGCUUGCAGGCUUUGGCGCUGGAGGCAUUUUGCUCAAAAUGACGUCUCCAAUCCUUUUGCCUAGUUUCCUAACUCAUUGGCUAGACUCAUGCGGGCCCCAGACUUUGUCGCGGAUCCGCGCAGCUGCAGAAGCUUGUAAUGAGAAGGUUGCGUGGCCGAACUUCCUCAUCAACGGCUCCAAUGGCUCAUCAGCUUUGCGGGUUGGAACAGAUUGUAGUGGCUUGGAAGCUCCAGUGCAUGCCCUCCGUUCUAUGGGCCUGCUGCACAAACAUGUUUUCAGCUGCGAGAUCAAUCCGGCCCCCAGGACGAUGAUUGAAGCGAAUUGCUUGCCUGAGGAAGCUUUCAUGGACGACGUGAUUGUCAGCUCUGCUGGCGCAGUGCCCUUUGUGCAUUUGUAUGUGGCUGGGUUUUCCUGCAAACCAUUUUCCAUGCUUCACAACAAGACCAAGCUUCUUGAGGAAAAGGAGGCUGAGAUUUUCAAGGCAGUUCUUCGACGCAUCGGCAAGCUACGGCCUCCAUGCUUUGUCCUCGAGAACGUCAAAGGCAUCCAACGGUGCAUGGAGAAGGAGCCUCCAGGCACAUUCUCCAGCACAUUUGGACUGAGCUGGGGCAGGCAAAUGAACCUGCUCCUUUGGCUCAGCGGCUCUUACCAAGUGACCACCCGCUUGUGUCGCAGCACCAACAGGGCGCGAUGGUCUCAGGCAGCAACACUGGGGUUUCCAACCAGGUCACCCCACAUGAAAUGGAAGGAGCUGCAUGAUGAAUGGAAGGCCAAACAUUGCCACGCGGCUCCGUCAGCUUUUAGUUUCAGGGGCUGCUCGGCUGAUGAUUUGUUUUUGCAUUUACCCCGGGAGAGAGACGUUUGGGACAAGUUGCGCACGACAGUUGGGCAAGCUGACCAGUUUGUGUGCGAUUUGUCUCAAAGUUUGGGCCGCAACAGAGAGCGCACUGAUGGAAAGGUGCCUACCAUUACUCCCGGAUCCCACCUGAUCCUGGGCAGUGAGGGUCGAGCCCUGCUGCCGCACGAGGCUCUUCUGCUGCACGCAUUCCCACUCCACAAGAUGACUUUCCCAAGUUGCAUCUCAGCGACGGAUCUUGAGAACAUGGGCGGUAACACUAUGCACUGCCAGGUGGUUGGCAUUGCCAUGGUGAUUGCUUUGCUUCUUGUCAAUUGGGAGCUGCCUGCAGCCCAUCAGAGCCUUCCUGCAGCGGUAGCUGCUUCGGCUCCUUCAGCUCCUUUGGCUCUUGAGGCUGCGAAGCGUUUAGAAGAGCACUUGCGCAAACGCUUUGGAAUGCAGCCACCGACAUGGAGCAAGGCUGCUGCGCUUUUGCUAUGCUAUGGCUUGGGAAAAUGUCUCGUGGGCAGAGAGGCUUUUGAGAAGCCUGACCGGCGAGAGUGGAAGCCGGAGUCGUUCCUAUCAGCUCAGCAGCACGAACCAGGGCUCUUGCAGUGGAGUUAUCUGGUGAAGUGGCCAGGAAGCUUGGGAAGUUAUCUGGUGAAGCUUGUAGUUUCUUCUCUUUUCAACUCCCUCCUAUGGCUACGCUUAAAAUUAAGGAACUAG